UAGUGGUGCUCCUCUUAUGGGGUCAGAAACCCAAAGCCUUGUAAACUGCGAAACCCAGAAGCCCGAAACAGAGUCCUCUUCUUAUCAAUGCACUUCUAUCAAGCUAGGUUUGUUUGAAGAGACCAAACCAACUUGUGUUCUUGCAAGAACCAAAAUAAAUUUAAUGUUCUGGGUCGUUGGAUUAGGAGGUUGACCUUGGAGAACGCAUCAUGGGAAUUUCUCUCCACAAAGUAAAACCCGACCGAGGCCGACUAGUUUGUUUUCCAAUCCAGCCUGUGUGAUGGUGAAGUAACCAAAGAUGCUAAAGACAGGAUUUAAAUAUAUUUUACUUUGCAUAGUAAAAAGAGGUGACGAUAAUCGCAAACAAGGACUUAGUUGAGGUGAUUAGCUCCAAUAAUUUGUAUAUAAUAAGGACCUGCUAAUCUCAUGAUUUCACAUUACAACAUACAGUUCUGAAACUUAGCUCCAUGGCCAAGUUGUUGCACCUCUCUAUUUUCUUUCUUGCAGCAUUGGUGCUGCAAUGCCAUUGCGCUGAAGACGACAGGAAGUCUCAUGUUGUGUACAUGGGAGAUCGUCCCAAGGAUGCUGCAUCAGUCGCGUCGACGCACCACAAUAUGCUAGCAGAAGUACUUGGCAGUUCAUCGGAGGCUAGAGAAUCACUAAUUUAUAGUUACGGGAAGAGUUUCAAUGGAUUUGUAGCCAAACUAUCAGACAAAGAAGUUGCCAGGAUCAAAGAAAUGGAGGGAGUGGUUUCAGUGUUCCCUAAUGCCCAACUGCAAGUGCACACUACAAGAUCAUGGGAUUUCAUGGGCCUCCCUGAAUCUCAUCCCAGGUUGUCUGCUGAAGGAGAUGUUAUUGUUGGGUUGCUAGAUACAGGAGUUUGGCCUGAAAACCCAAGUUUCAGUGAUGAAGGCUUUGAUCCACCACCAGCAAAAUGGAAGGGUAUCUGCCAGGGUGCAAACAAUUUCACCUGCAACAAAAAGGUCAUUGGAGCCCGUUUCUAUGAUCUGGAGAAUAUCUUUGAUCCUAGGUAUGAUAUCAAAUCCCCGAGGGACACGUUAGGACAUGGAAGCCAUACUGCUUCAACAGCAGCAGGGAUAGCUACGAAUGCAAGCUACUUCGGAUUAGCUGGAGGUGUGGCUAGAGGAGGAGUUCCGAGUGCAAGAAUUGCUGUCUACAAAGUAUGUUGGGCAAGUGGCUGUACCUCUGCGGAUAUCCUAGCAGCUUUUGAAGAUGCAAUAGCAGAUGGGGUGGACCUUCUAUCUGUUUCACUAGGGAGUGAUUUUCCAGCUCCGUAUCACGAAGAUGUAAUUGCCAUCGGAACUUUCCAUGCCAUGAAAAAUGGAAUUUUAACUUCCUGUUCUGCAGGAAACAGUGGACCAAACAGGAGACAAGUCUCAAACUAUGCACCUUGGGCACUAACUGUAGCUGCAAGCACCAUUGACAGGAUUUUUUCCACUAAAGUCGUGCUCGGAAACGGACAGAUCUUCCUUGGAAAUUCGCUCAACAUCUUCGAUCUCCACGGAAAAACAUUCCCAUUGAUCUAUUCUGGAGACUCCGCAAACUAUACUGCUGGAGCUGAUCCUGAAUUAGCAGCAUGGUGCUUUCCCGGAACUCUAGCCCCUCUAAUAACUAAAGGAGGAGUGGUCAUGUGCGAUAUUCCUAACGCACUUGCCUUAGUGCAAGGGUCAGCGGGUGUUAUAAUGCCCGUGUCCAUAGAUGAAUCUAUACCUUUUCCCUUCCCUCUUUCUCUGAUCAGUCCUGAGGACUACUCUCAGCUUCUGGACUACAUGAGAUCCACACAGACUCCUACAGCAACCAUUUUGAUGACUGAGCCAGUGAAGGAUGUCAUGGCUCCCACAGUAGUCUCUUUCUCAUCAAGAGGUCCAAGCCCCAUUACUCCUGAUAUCCUCAAGCCUGACCUUACUGCCCCUGGUCUGAACAUCCUUGCUGCCUGGUCUCCCCUAGGAGGUGCUUCGAUAUCCCCCUGGGAUGAUAGGACAGUAGACUACUUUGUAAUCUCUGGUACAUCCAUGUCUUGCCCACAUGUUACUGGUGUUGCAGCAUUUGUUAAAGCAGCUCACCCAUCAUGGUCUCCUGCUGCUAUCAAGUCUGCCCUCAUGACCACAGCUACAAUUAUGGAUUCCAGGAAGAAUGCAGAUGCCGAAUUUGCCUACGGAUCUGGACAGAUCGAUCCAUUGAAGGCACUAAACCCAGGGCUAAUCUAUAAUGCAAGUGAAGCAGAUUAUGUCAAUUUCCUAUGCAAGGAGGGUUACAACACUACCCUUGUAAGAAUAAUCAGUGGAGACAAUAGCACUUGUCCAAGCAACGAACUAGGCAAAGCAUGGGAUCUUAACUACCCAACAUUUGCACUCUCAUUGUUAGAUGGAGAGACUGUCAUAGCUACAUUCCCAAGAACUGUCACCAAUGUGGGCACUCCAAACAGCACUUACUAUGCAAGGGUUUCAAUGCCAUCCCAAUUCACUGUUACAGUACAACCAUCAGUUCUUUCCUUCUCACGGGUUGGAGAGGAGAAAACAUUCACUGUUAAGAUUACAGGAGCACCCAUAGUUAACACGCCUAUCGUCUCGGGUUCACUAGAAUGGACAAACGGGGAAUAUGUAGUUAGGAGUCCAAUUGCUGUUUUCAACAACAUGCCUUCAAUUUUUUCAUCCAUUGAUGAGCAGCCACAAUCAAAACCCAAGUUUAAAGGUCCAUGGGAGGGUUCCACUUCCACCAUCUAUCACAAGAAGGGCACCUUUAAGAGCAUGCAGAGGACAGAUCGUACUGAUGGCUUCGGCGGCUUGGUAUCCAAUAGCAGGUUGGGUUAUCACAAGCACUAAGGAAUCUGAAUUCCUUGCCAAUCAUUCAAAGAACGCAUCAUUAUUCACUGAGACUUCCCCUCAUGAAAAAUGGUUUUGUCACCAUAAUAAUAUAAAGCUAAUCCUCAACAAGUGGGUAUAAAUCCAUCUGUACCAGGGUUCUGUAUGGAUCUCCAUCAAUAAAGCUUGCAUCUGUUUGAAUACAAGUUUUCUAAGCUGUGAAAUGUGUUGCAUGGUUAUGGUAUUAUUUCACUAGCUUUCUUGUUUUACUCAACAAUUCAAAAGAAGUUUUAGCCAGCUAUCAUGCUCUCCAGAAGAAAAGGCAUGACAUAUUUUUUAACGAAUCAUAUAUCCUACUAAAUUGGAUGCAAUAUGAGCAACUGGC